AUGCAGUGCGCCCGCCCGCUGCGCGUCGCCGUCAUCGGCGGCGGCGUCUCCGGCUGCACGCUCGCCCACGCACUCAAGGAGGAGGUCGCCGCGGGCCGCGUCGCCACGACGCUCUUCGAGAUGGGCCGCGGCGGCGGCGGCCGGUCGGCGACGCGGAAGACGCGCGACGACGGCCGCGUCGCCAUCAGCCACGGCGCGCCGAGCUUCAAGGUCACGACGCACAAAUUCCGCGCGCUGCUCGACGGCCUGCCCGCCGGCACGACGGUGCCGCUCCCGAAGCCCGUGGGCGCGCUCGUCGGCGACGCCUUCGAGCCCGACGGCGACGACCGCCGCGCGGGCGCCGGCGGCGCGGCCGCGCUCUGCGACGCGCUCCUGCGCGACUCCGGCGCGGACCCGAGGUUUCGAUCCAUGGUCCGGGGCAUCGAGCGCACCGGCGACGGCGCCUGGGCCCUGCGCGGGACGGACGGCGCCGAGCUCGGGCGCUUCGAUUGGCUCGCGGUGUCCGGGAGCGGCGUCGCGCACGACCGCUGGACGGCGACGUUCGGCGGCGAGCCGCCUCUGAAGGCCGCCGCGGCCUCCCUCGGCGACGCGGCGCUCGACGCGGCCAUCGCCGCCGUGAACGGGGUCGCGUCGAAACCCGUCAUGGCGGUGAUGUUGGCGUUCGACGGCGCGGCGGCCAAGUCGUGGGCCGCGCUGCCCUGGAGCAAGGCCGCGGUCGACGGCGACGCCGUGCUCUCGCGCGUCGUCGUCGAGCGCGUCUCCGACGACGUGACGAACGUCGUCCUCCACUCGACGCACGCCUUCGCGGAAAAGAACAGGGACGUCUAUGGCGCGACGUCCACCGCCGCUCGCAUCGGUGGCGCGUUGAGCGACGCGUCGCGCGAGGAGGCGCUCGUCGCCGCGCUGCUUUCCAGCGCCGAGGCGCGCCUCGCGGCCUUCGACGCCGCGCUCGCGGGCCCGUUCUACGGGCCCCACCUCCACCGCUGGGGCAGCGCGUUCCCGGCCGGCGUCCUCGUGCCGCCGGACGCGGCCGUCGUGCCGUCCGCGCGCGUCGUCUUCCUGGGCGACUACGUCGACACGGGCCGCGCGGGCACGCUCGAGGGCGCCGCGCUCUCGGGCCUCGCCGCGGCGGAGGCGCUCGUCGACGCCGCGGCCGCCGCGUAG